AUGAGGCCAGAGGGGACCAGCGAGCGAACCCUCUUGGGUCGCGUCCUCACAGUGCGCCGCCGACAUGGAUUCUGCAGCGCGACGGAGAGCGGCAAGUUGCCACCCAGCAGCAGCAAGAAUGACAUCAGUUUAGUUAUUCGUGGCGCAUUGGGGAUGGACCUGCCCUUCUUACAGUUCCGGCUGAAACACGUGACUGCCCUUAAGAAGCACCUGCAGACACUGCGCCAUCCUCUCCACCGUUUCUGUCCACUCAAGUACCCAGUGGUCAUUGAUGCAUCUUUCCUCUCAUUGUAUUCCCAGGCGACGCAAACGGCCCAGGCGCCAGAAUCGCCGUCGAAUAACUCCGCCAUUUACGCUUUUUCAAACGUGCUUUACAGGGCCCCAAACGCCCCUGCGGAUGCCACCUGCCGGGGAGAUAAUGACACCACUCUGCCUUGGCGUCGCGUUCCCGGUGUUCACCCACCAGACGGGCUGACGUUUUGGGCUGAUGUCCGUUGCUUGCUGAUGCAGGUGCUUGUUCAGGGCUCCCUUAUUUGGGUUCCUGUGCUUCUGGUGUGGAUAUGGCGGCGGUACUGUACCACUCGCCGCCGCAAGAUUCUAUUCGUGCUUAUUGUUCUUUCUCUAUUUCUCUUUCCAAUACGCCCAAGACCCGGUAUUCGCCAGUGGCAUGGCUGGAGGAACAUUCACCGCUACCACCGCACAGCCGCUAUCAUUGAGGGGGCUGAACACUUCCCCCCGAGGGAGCCAACUAUCUAUGCAGUUUUCCCACAUGGAAUUGUGCCUACUGCCCCUGCGGUGAUGGCAACUGGGAAUUUUGGAGAUCUCUUGGGACACUUUCGUCUCACUGCAGCCUCGGUAGUGCGCUGGUGCCUUGUGUACGGCCAAUUGAUAUUCUUGUCGGACGCGAUCCCAGCAGACAAGCAAGCAAUGAAGCAAACUCUCGAAAAAGGCUCAAAUCUACUCGUUUCACCCGGCGGUAUUGCGGAAAUCUACGAGACAAACUCAUCUGAGGAGCGCCUCCACCUACAGGAUCGACUAGGCAUUGUACGACUCGCGAUGCAAACGGGGGCAAAAUUGGUCCCCGUGUAUUGCUUUGGGAAUAGUCAGGCAUACCGCCUACCGUGGGGCGUGCGCUUUCUGCAGCCGUUUGCCAGGCUGUUACGCAUUGCGGUCGUCUCCUUUUACGGCCGCUUUGGGCUCCCUGUAGCCUACCGCGUGCCACUGCUCUACGCUAUUGGGCGUCCCUUACAAAUGCCACAAGCAGACAAACCCACGAAAGCGGAAGUGGUGGCUGCUCACAAAGUGUUUGUGGAGGAGGUCCGACGUAUUUUUGAGACGUACAAGGGCGUAUACGGCUGGAAAGAUAAGCAGCUCAAGAUCCUCUGA